AGUAAGUUAUGAAUCACGAACAAGGUCAUUAGAUCUGAACUAUUCACACAAAUCCGCAUGCUGUAUAGUAGCAAUGCUAUGUAAUCUUCAUAUCAUAUCAUGCUUGAAACACGCACACAAUAAAUCAGAAAGCAAAGGCUGACAUUUGUAUUAUCGCCAGCUGAGUUCCGUCUCAUUUACUUCUAUAUGGUAGCUCACUUUUGUUACGACAGUGCUGUGAGUAGUACUGUCGAUAAUUUUGUAUUUAUUUUAUAUUUAUUUCAAGGUUACAUUUUCUUUUAUAUUAUUUUCUACGGCAAAAUCUAUGCAUUCACAUAAAAACGUCUAUGAAUUCAUUAGUGAAGUCAAAUUGUUUUCAUUUUUUAACAAAACUCAAAAGAUCAUCAAUAUAACCUAACCAAAGUACAACCAAGAAAAUCAUUUGUAGUGAAUUUACAAGUUAUGUCUCAACUUGAUCAUGCAAUCUAAAUAUUAAUUAUUAACACAACAGAGUAAAUAAGAUUUGAAUAUCUAAUGGAAUGCCAAGUGACAAUCACACACUAGUCAGCCUUACAUACAUUCACAGUUAGAAAAAAUUUCAGAAAGAGUAUUCAACUAUUUCAUCAGUUUCCAAAUUACCUAAUAAGAUACCAAAUAAUUGUGAUCUUCAAUAUUAUUCCAAGCAACAUCAAAAGUGAAAGUGUACUUAUUUUUAUGUUCAGUGUACUUACAUAUGUUAUGCAAUAACCACGUCAAGAUAAAUCCAUCAUCAGCAGGUACUUAGAGAUCAUUUUGGAUCAAUUACCUGUGGAGCUAAUGUCCAGUUCAAUAUUACCAUGGACGCAAGCAAGGCAAAAGUUCAUCCAAAUCCCCGAGAGAAGUCAAACAUUUUAUCAGUGUUAUUCUGGACUUGGACACUUAAGUUAUUCAGAACUGGAUACUCGAAAAUUCUAGGUCCUGCCGAUCUGUUUGACCCAUUGAAAACUGAUCGAUCUGGAGUUCUUGGCGAUCGACUGGAGAAACAAUGGUUCCUGGAAUUAGAAUCUAAGAAGAAGUCAAAAAAGAGGCCGAAUUUUUUAACAACAAUUUUCCGGUGUUUUAUGUGGGAAAUCUUUUUUUACGGUGUUAUUCACGCAUUCAAUGAAUUUAUUCUUAAGCUAGGAAUUCCGAUUCUGUUAGGAAGACUUUUGAGAUAUUUCAGAGAAAAUGGCGGAGUGACUUACAAUGAUGCGCUGAUGUAUGCAGGAGGUAUUUGUCUAGCAACAGGAAUCAGUGCAAUCACAUUAAAUCAAACGCUUUUUGGAGGUUACCAUUUAGGUGGUAGGAUAAGGAUAGCUGUUUGUUCAAUAGUUUACCGCAAGGCACUAAGAUUAAGCACAACUGCUUUUGGCGACACAGCACCUGGUAAAGUUGUAAAUUUAAUCGCCAAUGAUGUCAAUCGAUUCGAUUUAGUAUGCAUCUUAUUUCAUUACAUGUGGUCAUCACCACUGUCUGGAUUGAUAAUUGCAUAUUUCUUAUACGAUGAAGCCGGCUAUGCUGGUAUAAUUGGAUUAUUAGCAGUUUUUAUUGUGGUUCCUAUUCAAUCGUAUACAGGAAAAUUAUCAUCAAAAUUCCGACUUCAAACGGCUAUAAAAACUGAUGAACGAGUGAGACUAAUGGAUGAAAUAAUAUCAGGAGUUCAAGUAAUUAAGAUGUAUGCUUGGGAAAAGCCUUUCUGUAUUAUGGUAGCAUUAGCUAGGAAAUUGGAACUUAAAGUAGUACAAAAAUUCUCUUGGAUACGAGGAAUCUACAUGACUUUUAAUUUAUUUACAACAAGAGCAGCUAUCUAUUGUACACUUGUAGGAAUGAUGUUUUUUAGUCAACAAAUAACUGCCGAAAAAGCAUUUGUAAUCGCUUCCUUUUUCAAUGUUCUUGCUAACACAAUGUCAGCAAUGUUCGUUCGUGGUGUGGCUGAAAUUGCCGAGUGUAUUGUAGCAGUGAGACGUUUACAGUAUUUUUUGAUGUAUGAUGAAGUUGGUCAAUUAAAUAAAUUGACUUAUCCUGACAGAUCAUCAGUUAUUGAAGAAGAAACAACAACAGUGGAUCUGGUAAACUCAAUAAAUCAUGUAGCAAAUCAUAAGCCAGAUGGUGAUAACUGGGCUGUGAGGAUUAUAAACGCGACAGCAAAAUGGGAGCCAAGUAGUCAAGAAAAUACUCUAAAUAAAGUUACCAUCAAGCUGGAACGAGGAAAACUGUAUGUCGUGAUUGGAGCAGUAGGAGCUGGCAAGAGUUCACUUAUUUCUGCAAUUCUUGGUGAACUUCCACUAGCAGAAGGAAGCAUAGAAGUGCGUGGUGGGCUGAGUUAUGCUGCUCAAGAAGCUUGGGUUUUUGGCUCGACCGUUCGGCAAAAUAUUAUCUUCGGACAACCGUACGACCGCCAACGCUACCAAAAAGUCGUCAAAGUUUGUGCACUACUGAGUGACUUCAAACAAUUCCCCCAAGGCGACCAGACAAUAGUCGGAGAAAGAGGAAGCUCAUUGUCAGGAGGACAGAAAGCAAGAAUCAAUUUAGCUCGUGCUGUAUAUCGUCAAGCAGAUCUCUAUAUCUUAGAUGACCCACUGAGUGCUGUUGACACUCACGUGGGCAAGCAUCUAUUUGAAGAAUGUCUAGAGAGAUAUUUAUCAGGAAAAACAAGAAUCCUCGCUACUCAUCAGCUCCAGUACAUUAAAGACGUCGACGGCAUUAUCCUACUUGAACAUGGAUCCUCCAAAAUGUUCUCCAACUACGUCGACCUUCUCGCUCAAUGUCCAGAGUAUGCUACUCUUCUAGCCUCUGACUCAUCACAAGAUACCGAUGAAUCUUUCUCCGAAAAAAGCAGUAUGCGUCGACAGUGGUCUAGUUUAAGUAAUCGCAGUAGAAUAUCAAGCGAUGCUGAUGUUGAAGAAAUCGAUGAGAAAAAUAUGGAAAUUGAUAACAUUGAAGCUACAUCAAAAGGAGUCAUUCAGGGAUCACUUUUUAUUGGAUACUUUAAAUCUGCCGGCAGUUGGUGUUUUGUAAUUACUGUUGCAAUUUUUUAUGUAUUAACUCAGUUCUUAGUUAGUGCCACUGACUUCUUCAUCCCAAUUUUAGUAAACGAAGAAGAGUCUCGUAAUAGAGUCUUUUUUUCUUCCAAAAAUGUUACACUUGUCUCUUUACCGGAUUACGACAUCACCCCAGCUAUUCUCUAUAUCUAUAUCUACACUGGACUGGUUUUAUCAAUCUUUAUUGUUGGAAUCACCAGAUCUUUGUUAUUCUUCAAUUUGUGUGUUCGCAACAGUCAAAGCCUUCAUGACCGAUCCUUUGGAGCUCUUAUAAGAACGAGUAUGCGAUUUUUUGAUACGAAUCCUAGUGGAAGAAUAUUAAAUAGAUUCUCUAAAGACUUGGGAGGCAUUGAUGAAUUACUUCCGAAAGCUCUUCUCGAUGCUGGGCAAAUAAUUUUGAUGAUGUGCGGAUCAUUAGUCAUAGUGUGUGUUAUAAAUCUGUUCUUUCUAAUUCCACUAUUUGUGAUUGCGUUUAUAUUUUACUGGAUUAGAAAGGUUUAUUUAAAAACUAGUAAAAAUAUCAAGAGACUCGAAGGAAUGAUGAGAUCACCAGUAUUUACUCAUUUAAAUGCAUCGAUAAAUGGACUAACAACUAUCCGAGCUUAUGGAACUCAGCAGAUAUUGAAAUUCGAGUUUGAUAAAUUUCAAGACGUUCAUACUUCAUCAUGGUUCAUAGUUGUAGCAACAAGUAUAGCUUUCGGAUUUUCUCUAGACGUUUUUUGUUUUUUAUUUAUAACAGUUAUUACGUUCAGCUUUCUUUUGUUUGACUUCGGAAUAUCUGGAGCUGAAGUAGGUCUUGCUAUAACAACAAUAAUGUCUUUGACCGGGAUAAUUCAAUGGGGAAUGCGUCAAAGUGCUGAAGUAACGAAUCAGAUGAUGUCGGUAGAGCGAGUUUUAGAGUAUUCACUUUUACCGCCUGAGGAGAAUAUUGCGGAAGAUAAACCGACCAAGAAGGAUAAAAAAAAAGGGUUACAAGUGACGUCAAAAACAGUACAUGCACCAGAAAAUUGGCCAACAGAGGGAUGCAUCAAGUUCCAGAAUGUAUUCAUGCGUUAUUCCGAGGAAGAGCAACCGGUACUUAAAGGACUUGAAUUGGUGAUUAAACCUAGAGAGAAGGUCGGGAUUGUUGGGAGAACAGGUGCCGGUAAAUCUUCAUUGAUCUCUGCUCUGUUUCGUUUGGCCAAGGUCGAAGGAGUCAUUGACAUCGAUGGAGUGGAUACUGGAUCUAUUUAUUUAGAAGAGUUGCGUAAAAAAAUCUCUAUUAUACCUCAGGACCCUGUUCUGUUCUCUGGAACCCUGAGGAAGAAUUUGGAUCCGUUCAACGAAUUCCAAGAUUCUCUGCUCUGGGCAGCUUUAGAAGAAGUCGAGCUGAAGGAGGCUUUCACUGGAUCUAAUGGUUUAGAGUCACGGGUAUUUGAUCGUGGUACAAACUUUAGUGCCGGCCAAAGACAGCUGGUCUGUCUUGCUCGAGCUAUUCUUCGAAACAACAAAAUUCUUAUGCUUGAUGAAGCCACAGCUAAUGUCGAUCCUCACACUGAUGGUCUCAUCCAACGUACCAUUCGUAAAAAGUUUGCCAACUGCACUGUACUUACUGUCGCACAUCGACUCAACACCAUCAUGGACAGUGACAAAGUCCUGGUGAUGGAGAAGGGACGAAUGGUCGAGUUCGAUCAUCCCUACAUCCUGCUUAAAAAUGACUUUGGCCAUUUUACCUCACUCGUCAAAGAAACCGGUCGUGCUAUGACUGAACAGCUCACUCGCAUUGCAAAACAAGCAUACGAUUAUAAGCAGAACGAGAGAAAUUAAAUCACCAAAUAAAAUAAAUUUAUUUAUCAAGACCCAUGUGCUCAAUUUAUCAGUAUUUUUUGAAUUAUCUAUUUGUACAGAUGCAUAUUUAAAAUAUGUAAUAUAAUAUUUUUACUCUACUUCU